UCAGUGCAGCUCCCAGCCGCCAAAGUGUCUAGACUAGCACAUGAUGGUAGUCAGCCAAUGGCUCCAGCGCUCUCCUCGGGGGCCCCGCGUGUGUGUGCGUGCGUGUGUGUGUGUACGUGUGAGCGAGAGAGAGAGAGAGCGAGAGAGAGGAAAGGAAAGGGGGGAGUGAAAAGGAGAGAAACAGGGAAAGAAAGCGAGCUGGCUUGCUUGCAGUUUGCUUGGACUUCUGAAGAGAGAAGCAGGAAUGCGCUUCUUGCUCCCCGGGAUCGCUUCUCUACUUGGCGUCCGCUCGCAUGGAUCCAUUGUUGGGAUUGUAAAAAAAAACAAAAGAGAAGAGAAGCAGUGACGUCUCAAGAGGACGAGGAUGUUAAUACCCCGUGCGUCGUCGUUUUGGGAUUUAAUCGUGGCUUCCGCGCUCGGCGUGUAACAAACAAACCAAAGUGGCAAACUUUCGAGUCUGCAUUUUGGAGCUUGGCGGUGCUACUUUUCUUUUCUCCUUGCCCCCCCUCAAUGAUGGACCUCCGCGUUUUUUUUCGUAGCUGACUUGUAAAGAAUCCGACGAGACGCUUUUCAUCUGGCUGCAUUUGUGCACGGUAUGGUCGCUAAUGUUCUUCUCUUGCGCGUAGACGCAAGCAGUGCGUCGCGCGUCUAAUGUUGCCGCUUGGACAGCAGCGGUCGUCGGUCGGCUGCGCAUGCCUUGCACGGCCUUUCGCUCACUUCUUCAUGUCGAGUGUGCGCAACGUUGGGACAGCCGUACACGAGUAAGCCUCCCUCCCACCCCCCAACCCUAAUAGAUAGUCAAGUUGUCGUAUGUUCAGGACGAAACGCUCAGGUCUUGUGCGGCGACUCUGGAGAAGCCGUUUGAUUCCAGAUAAAGAGGGGGACGAUGGAAAUGGCCAAACUAGCGAGGGGUGCAGGGACGAUGUGUUCGCAAACAACCCGCAGAAGAUUCCCAAAACGGAGUUCCGACCGGUGACCCCCAGCGGGAACGCCGGGGGCCCCGUGGAGGCGGUGGACCAAGAUGGGGACGCUGGGUGCGUGCAGGACCAACGGGGUCCCCGCUCCGCGCAGGACAGCGACUCCAGGACGGUGACGUGCUGCUUAUUUAAAGAGCGGGACCACUCCGAGCUCAGGGCUCCGGAGGCGGCCCCGGGUAGCAGGGACCCCCCCGGGUCGUGCCACUUGGCCUUCAGGGGCCUCGGCCAGAGGGACGCCGGAACCCCCGAGGCCGGCCAGGAGGCCAUGCCGCGCACCUUGCACGAGCAAGAACUCAAGUCGGCCACGCACUCGCUUUUGAAAAAGCUCAAGGAGAAGGCGCUGGAUACUUUACUGGAAGCGGUGGAGUCCAAAGGCGGCCUCCCCAGCGACUGUGUGCUGGUGUCCCGGACUGAGCUGAAGCUGGGCGGCUUUGUGGCUCCCCCGCAGCUGCUGGUGUGUAAACUGUACCGCUGGUCCGACCUCCAGCACCCGGCCCAGCUCAAACCGCUCUGUGAGUGUAAGAGCUGUUGGGGCCCGGACAGUCCGACUGUAUGCUGCAAUCCUUAUCACUACAGCCGCCUCUGUGGGCCAGAGUCACCCCCACCUCCAUAUUCAAGGCUGUCCCCUAAUGAAGAACACAAGCCACUGGACCUGUCAGACUCCACAUUGUCUUACACUGAAACCGAGGCGGCCGGCUCACCCAACGUCACUCUGGGGGAAUUCUCAGAUGCCAGCAUGUCACCCGACGCCCCCAAGCAGAACCACUGGUGCAACGUGGCGUACUGGGAGCACCGCACGCGCGUGGGCCGCCUCUACACAGUGUACGAGCACUCCGUCAGCAUCUUCUACGAUCUACCUCAGGGCACGGGCUUCUGCCUGGGCCAGCUCAACCUGGAGCACCGCAGCAGCACGGUGCAGCGCACGCGGGGCAAAAUCGGCUACGGCAUCCUCCUCAGCAAAGAGCCGGACGGCGUGUGGGCGUACAACCGCAGCGAGCACCCCAUCUUUGUCAACUCGCCCACGCUGGACGCGCCCAACGGCCGCAGCUUGGUGGUGCGCAAGGUGAUGCCGGGCUUCUCCAUCAAGGUGUUUGACUACGAGCGCUCGUGCCUGCUGCGCUACGCGGCCGAGCUGCCGGACGGACCUUACGACCCCAACAGCGUGCGCAUCAGCUUCGCCAAGGGCUGGGGGCCCUGCUACUCCAGACAGUUCAUCACCUCCUGCCCCUGCUGGCUGGAGAUCCUUCUCAACAACCACAGAUAACACGGACCCACCCGCGCACCAUCCCAAAUAUCGUCUACCUAGAUUUAAUAUAAAGUUUUAUAUAUUAUAUGAAAUAUAUAUUAUACUUGUAAAUACGGAGUCCUUUUUACAAUGUCAUUAUUUAUGUAUGGUGCAAUGUGUAUAUGGACAAGAGGAAAAAAAAAUGGAAAUGCACUUUGGCUUAUAUAUAUAUAUAUGAUAUAGAAAUAUACGUAUAUAAAGAUAAAGAGAAUUUCAAUACCAAUUUGAGAAAUUAUACAGCAAAAUUAGGGCCCAGUCUGGAUUUGGUGUAUCGUUUUGUUAUACUGUUAAGAUCCAGACGAAAAGCUAACCAUUCACACAUUGAAAAUAAAGUAUUCGCAUCAUAAGUCA